AUGAGUUCGGGUCUUGAAAGUCCAAAUUAUCAUAUAGCUCUUAGUCCGGAUGGUCAGAAUGUUGUUACAUUUAAUACAGCGACUUUGGAGUUGAAUGUACGCCAUAUAGAGAACUUGACAUCCGUAAAAACAAUAAACUAUAAAGGAUUUAACAACAUAAACACAUCGAAUCCCCAAUUACGUUGGUCAUUAACGAUUUCCAAUUCUAUAAACCUUGGUAACCAUUUGGACACAUUAAUCGGUAUUUCAUGUUUCGAUGAAAAUCGUGGCCCGAGAUCCCAAGCAAAAAAAUCACGCAUUCGAGGAAUUCUAGAUGAAGAAGAUUCAUCAUUUGAUAAUGUAGAACAAGGUCGCUCACUUAUAGCAAAAGUAUCUCCGCGUACUUGGGUUCUUUCAACAUUGUAUCGUGAUAGAUUAAAAACCUCAUUGGAUGAAAUUGGUGGAGUCGUACGGUUUCUCUCAAAUUCUCCAUUUCAAACAAGUAAUGAUAUUGACUUGGUAAUAGUUCACGGAGAAGGAAUUUCGAAAACCACGAUCGGAACCAAUUACGUAACUAAAAGCGGAAACUUUAAUCGGAAUAUAUCAGUCACAUUGUCAGAAGAUUUCUUAUUUCCAACUUCUAUUUCCAGGAAAAUCGAUGCUAUCCAAGAUCUCAAACUAAAAGCGCAAUUAUUUCAUCGGAGUAUAGAAAAAAAUUAUUUUAUCGUAGAAAAAGCGGAAUUAUUGGAAAUAUACAGUUUAAAAACUAAUGAACUCUAUAAAGUCUUUCAUGUACGAAAAGAAUUAUCCCAGUUAAUUACAAGUGGAAAUUCAAUUGUUGAAAUUUCGAAAAAUGAUGUGCUGAUGGCAUAUUGUAGUGGUACUAACAGUGUAUCAUUAUAUUUGAUGGAAAAUUCAUUAGAAAUUGCAACUCGAAUGUUUCCGAAUCUUUAUAGAAUAAAUUCGAUAGAUUUUAUUCAUGAUGACGAACAAUUACUUAUAGUUGGAGAAGAAGAGACCAGUAAUGAUAGUUCAUUGGAAUUGGUUACAGUUAUUGUGAUUUGGAAUUUAUUCAGUGCAUCGGAAAAUGCUAUUAUAACUGUUCAGGAUACUGAAAAAAUAAUCCCAGUAAGACCUCAAGAAGAUUAUCAUAAAUUUGCCAGUGCUAGCGGAGUUAUUGUUUGUGUAGACGAAGAUAAUGGAAAUAUAUUUUCAAUUAAUGAUCAUCCCUCUUUGGGAAACAUUUUAAACCCGCCUCCAAUUUCGUCGUCAGGACUUAUUCAAUUGAAUUUUCAGGAAGCUCGGAACCAAAUGGAUCAAGUUCAUCAUAUAAUUUUUACUCAAGAUGGAAAAUUCUUUGAUGCAAAUCAAGAACCAAGGGAUGUUAUUAUUGUAUAUAAUACAGAGCCCUGGGUUCGUUUCGGACAAUAUCCUCGGAUAUCAGCUUAUCUAAAUAAUGAUAAAACAUAUCAAGUAAUUAUUGGACAAACAACAAUACAAGUAUGGAGUAGAACUGAUAAUUCAAUCAAAAGAAGGUUAGAAUACAUCUGGACAAGUGUUGAUAAUACAACAUUUGAUGUUCAAAGCAUUUCAAUCGGUAACGGGGAAUUUUUCAUAGAUAUAUCGUUUUCAGAUACAGGAGAACACGUCCAAAUUCAUUGGCCUUAUAACCGUCAUACCUUGAAAGAUGCAUGUAGUGCUCUUGAAUAUCUUUAUUAUAGACGAAAUGAACCAACAUCAAUCAGGAAAAAACGUAUGUUUAAUAUAUUAGUUAGUCAAACAAGUGAAAUUCUAAAGAGAGUUAUAACAACAAAUCCUGAUAUUUGGAGAAUGGCUGAUGCUAGAUAUGAAAUAAUGCAAUCAUUAAUUCGUGGACGAUGUGUUUCUUUGAUCAAAAAAAUUUUAUCCGAAGGUUAUCACGGAACUAAUUUAACAAUGGGAAAAAAUUUGCAUUUCCCUAGACAAUACGAAUGGCCUUUGGUACCAAAAAGAAGUGAUUUACAGCUAGCCAUUGAGUACGCUGGAGAAAAUCGUAGUGAUACUGUUAUAGUUGGAUAUCUCUUGAAUUAUUAUUCUGAUAACGCAAUGAAUAAUGCUGGUUGGAUGGUUACUGUAUCUCAAGCAAUCCCAGAAUUAUAUGAUCAUAACAUGGAUUAUUAUGUAAAAGAAUUGUUUCAUAAACAGUGUUUUGGCGCAAAAGAAAUAAUCGUUGACGUUUCUUUUAUAAAUCCCGACGAUUUACUUGAGGCACAUUAUAAAAACGUUCAUGCUUUGAAUCUCAAACCAGCUCUUUUACGCAAAUCGGAUAUAAGUCCCGAACAACUUAAAAAAAAAUUAUCACUUAUUCAAAAAAUUUCAAGUUUAAAAGGCAUGUUUUCGUUCGAACAACUUGCUAGGGAAGCUGAAGAAAAAAUCAAGAAUAAAAAAUAUGGACUUUAUGAUAUUAUUAAACGUGACUCAUCGUCCGUAUUAUCUAAUUUGCGCGUGGUCCCUCUUCCAGAUUUCACCGUGUAUCCUCCGGGCGUUAUUAAAGAUCAUACCAAAGUUCCUUUUAUAUUACGAUUUUUAAAAAUGCUAAUUUGGCCACGCGGAUAUAUCAUCACUGAAGACUCACAUUGUAGCCCGUUCCUUCGUACAAUCCGUCGCGAUAACAGUGAUGUAGUAUUUAGUAAUCCUGCGAUAGCAGCGAUAAUUGAUUACAAAUGGUCAUCAGCUCAUGAUGGAUUGAAUUUACAACCUAUUAUGGAUAGGACUUUAUAUUUAAUUCUUCAGGGCUCAGCAACUUAUAUCUAUAUUAUCAUGAAUAUCUUGACAAAAAUUUGGCCAUUUUUAGCAUUCAUGAUAAUAGUUGUCUUUGGUAUAGGACACGCAAUGUACAUUCUGUUACGAAACCCAAACCAAAUAAAUCUAGUUCCCAGCGGAACAAGUUAUCAAAUAUUAAAUGCCUCAGAUCCAAAUUCGACAACGAAUAAUUUGUUUCCUGAAAUUGUUAUCUCACAAUCAUCAGAUCCCCUUGAUAUUAAUGAUAAUUACUUUUCGAACUUUUGGAAAUCACUAGAAAGCGUUUUCUUUUGGGUUAAUGGUAGAUGGGAUCAACUUGAUCAAUGGAAUUUUCUACCGAUUGACAUAAUAACUCUUCUUGCAAGUAUCUUACUCGUCACAAUUAUGCAAAAUAUGUUGAUUGCAUUCAUGACAGGUGCAUUCGACGAUGCUCAAUCAUCGGGUGAAGAUGCAGUCUUGAAAUACAGAGCGGAUCUAAUCUUUGAGUACGAGACUUUGGAAAAACUAUUUGGCACAACACGCGAAGAUUCACGUUACAUUUACUACGUUGGAAAAGCUGAUGAUUUGGCUCAAUGGUUAACAAAAGCCGAAGAAUAUCAGUUAACACAUGGAUCUUUGCUUAAUGAGAAUGUCGAUUUAACUUCAGAUUGGAGUGUUGCACAAGUUUUAAAAGCUAGUAGAUUGGUAAGUACUACUAGUGAUAAAAAAGCCCUUCAGGAAUUUGACGUUAAUAUUCAACCUGGCCUUGAUGAUUUACAAGAGAAGAUUAAACGUAUGGAAUAUAAAAUUGAAAAGAUUUUAGAGUUGCUGAUAAAAGAAUAG